CGGGACGCGCCUCCGCCCUCCUCGCCGCCUGCACCCCCGCGGCCGCCGCUCCCCUCGCUGUCCGCACACCCACCAUGACGAAGAAUGAGAAGAAGUCCUUCAACCAGAGCCUGGCCGAGUGGAAGCUCUUCAUCUACAACCCGACCACCGGAGAGUUCCUGGGGCGCACCGCCAAGAGCUGGGGUUUGAUCUUGCUCUUCUACCUAGUUUUUUAUGGGUUCUUGGCUGCACUCUUCUCAUUCACAAUGUGGGUUAUGCUUCAGACUCUGAACGAUGAGGUUCCAAAAUAUCGUGACCAGAUUCCUAGUCCAGGACUUAUGGUUUUCCCAAAACCAGUGACUGCGUUGGAAUAUACAUUUAGUGUAUCAGAUCCAAGUUCCUAUGAAGGGUACGUUAAAGACCUUAAGAAGUUUCUAAAAUCAUAUUCUGGAGAAGAACAGAGUAAUCUCAAAGACUGUCCUGAUGGAGUUCCUUUUGAACAGAAGGGUCCAGUUUAUACUGCAUGUCAGUUUCCUCUUGCCUUACUCCAAGAAUGCAGUGGUAUAGGUGAUCCUGAUUUUGGCUAUUCCAAAGGAAAACCUUGUAUUCUUGUAAAAAUGAACAGAAUAAUUGGAUUAAAACCUGAAGGAGAUCCAAGGAUAGAAUGUGUUCCAAAGGAUGGAAGCACAGCAAUUGUAGAAACAUAUCCUAAUCUUGGAGUUAUAGACUUAAAGUAUUUUCCAUAUUAUGGGAAAAAACUGCAUGUGGGAUAUCUGCAGCCAUUAGUUGCUGUCCAGGUCAUCUUUGGAUCUAAUAGUACCAGGAAUGAAGUAACAGUUGAGUGCAAAAUUGAUGGAUCACCCAACCUAAAAAACCAGAAUGAUCGUGACAAGUUUUUGGGACGAGUUGUGUUCAAAAUUAUAGCACGUGCAUAGUAUGUGUAGGAUGUCUCCACAGAAUAAAUGUUGUGUUGUCUGUCUUCA